AUGGCUUUCUCGCCGGCAGCGAAGAAGCGCAAGGGCGACAACGCGGCCAGCGUCGUCGGCAGCCCCGGCGCAGCGUCCGCGCAGAGUGGCGCCCAAGCGCUGAGCCAGCGCGCCGCAGUCGGCAUGUCCCCGAAGGCGCCAGCGAAGAAGCCCAACAGCGCGCCGAUCGAGGUCUUCGUCUGGCUCUACACCAAGUGCGGGUCGGACGUGUUUCCCGGGUUCCCGCAGACGGAUCUCUUCGGCUUGCGUCUGCGGCACGAGGCUUUCCCCGCGGUGGAUUCGGACAUCCUCGCUUCCUUCAAAAUGUUCCUGGGCGAAAAGAAUGCGGAGAACGACGAUUACCCGGCCGACCUGAAGGAGCUGAAGGACUACGAGCGCAUCAUCAUCUCCCUGACCCAGACGCCCAAGGACGUCGAGGGCCGCCGCGUCCAGACCAACAUGCCGCUCAAGGAGUGGAGCGUCAUGUUCUGGACCGACGAGCCCUUCCACUGCAUGCGUCUCAUCGCGGACUUCUCGCGGUGGAGGGCCCAGCACCGCCGCCCCGCGGACAAGAGCCCCUGGCCGGACCUGAGCACUCUCAAGAUGGUGGUGAACCCAUUCGUCAACGUGUCAAUGGACGGCUUCAACACGGACAACAUCACCAUGCCCAUGACGGUGAACGAACCGAGCACCACCUUGCAGUGCUCCAUAUUCGAGAGCUCCCCACCUGGUUCCUCUAAAAUGGUUGAGGUCCGUGUCCAGGUGAUCGACCAGAAGACCGUCUUCUUCGCUUGGGAGGGCCGCACCUUCCCCUACCGCGAGCGCUUCGACUUGAAGCGCAUUGGCCGGGAGGACAACGUUCGCAUAUUGCCCCAGGCCCGCACGGACGUGAGCAUUGCCGACAACGCAGCCUUCAUUCGCGACGUUUUCAAGCAGGGCGUUCUCCGCGAUCUGUCGGUGCACCUCGUGCUGGAGGAGAGCUCGGUUCCCGCCGACGGGCCCGUCAAGGAACUGCUGGACGAGUUUCGCGGAGCUGCUGCUGCAGAUUUCGAGGAGAGGAGCCUGAACAAGUGGGCGCGACAACAGGAACACCUCCUGCGCUCGCGCCGGCUGACUGAGGGGCGCGCGCAGGCGCUCCAGAGGUGGAUCCCGUGGGGCGCCGGUCAGAAGGACAGUGUUUGGAACCAGUCUUACGACAGCUUGCGUAACUGGCUCCGUGCGCACGCCAACCGGUACCCGACGAGAGCGAACAACGCUUCCAAGACAGAGAAGUCUCUGCGUACCUUCGCAGACAACUGCCGCCGUUUGUACAACCGAUCACCGGCCUCCGAUGCAGGCAUUGCCGUUCGUCGGUGCGAGCUCCUGCGCGCUCUGCCGGGAUGGGACACGUUCGCGGAGCAGACGUCUUGGGAUAGCAAUUUCCAGAGACUUCAGGAGUGGCUGCGCACGCACUGCGGCGCAUUCCCGGACAGCAUGGGCACGUCCUCGACAUCGCCAGAAGAACUGCGCCUUGCUGGGUGGAUCCAGAGGCAGCGCGCUGCGUACCACUCUGUUCCGCGCCGCGCCGCUGGGCUUCACGACGAUCAACAAGCCGCAUGUGCACACGACCACGUGCGACGACGCUUCUCCUACAAGCGUCCACCCAUACCCAGAACCACGGUGGACCAUGGCCCGGCCGGCGGGGCCUCCUCCCCGGCGGCGCCCUCCAAGUGCGCCUGGGCCUCGGGGUGCGCUGCGCCUCCCGUUGCGAGCUUCGCGGGUCUUCGAUAUUGCUUGACCCAUGACCGCAUACUUCGUGCUGAACGCCCCGCUGUCGCAUCUAUUGCGGACUACAGGGACAGCUUCUUCGUCCCGCACCAGGGGAGCGCCCUCGCGAGCGUCUGUGACCAAUGCGGCUCCCACAACUUCGAGGAAGAGCGGGUGCAACGAGCAAACGCUCGGACAAGCAUGCUCGGGCACUUCAGCAUUUGCUGCCAGAACGGCAAGAUUACUCCUGCCCAGAUCCGGACGCUGCCAUGCCCCCCGCCAGAGCUACUCGACAUUCUGCGGGGCACUUCGCGAACGCACCAAGCAGCGCGAGCCGCCCUCAAGAUGUACAACCACGCUUUCGCCUUCGUGUCCUACGGGGCGUCUUGCUUUGCAGACCAGGCUCCAGGGCGCGGCCCACCUGUUGUGAUCUGCCACGGCACCGUAUACCACAACUCGGGCUACCUGUUCCCCCGGGACGGCGACGCCCCCACGUUUGCCCAGGUGUACCUGUACGACCACAACGAGGCCGUGAAGGCGCGCACGGACAACCCUUAUCAUUCCGGGAUCAACGCCGACAUCGUGGAGCACUUGCAGCGCAUGCUCGACCGGGUCAACCCGUACGUGCACCAGUUCCGACACAUGCGGGACAUCGUUCGCAACCACAACCCCACCAACGUGCAAUUGUGCAUUUCCCAGACGGAGGGCCAGGACAUGCGCCGCUACAACAAGCCCCAAACUUACGAGCCAGCCGUGGUGUUCCGCAGCUCCGACGGCGUGCUUCACGGCACCCGGGCGGCCGCUGUGGCCGCGGGCAGCGAGACCACCUUGACGGCGUGGUUCCGCUUGAACGCAGAGCCGCCCGACGGAUUUACGCCUCCGGCUCGCUCGCUGCAUUACGCCGAGGUGCCGCAGUUCUUCUCCUGGAACCGCAGCAGUUUCUCGGACCUCGCCACCGUCGUCCAUUCGGACGGCAAUCGCCAAACAUUCUACCAGCGGCGAUGGAACGACGACACCUCCACGUGGGAGAACUCGGACGUGCCAGAUUACCGGCGAGCAUGCGAGGAGCAAGGCUUUGCGAACUCCAGCGACGAGUACGCCCGCUGCAUGGAGGAGGCCGCUCGCCUACGGAGCGCCCCAGCGCUGCGCCGUCUCUUCGCCAUGUUGCUCCUCCAUUGCGAGCUCGCCUCCCCCGUGACCUUGUGGCAGCGAUUCGCGAAUGACCUCUGCGAGGACUUCCAGCGGCACCUCAGCGAGACCGACUCGGAGAACGCAGCGCUUCUGCACGUUCAAGAGGCACUCAGCCAGGCUGGGAAGACGCUGACGGACUUCGGAUUGCCAACGCCCACGGACCACGACGUCGCGGGCCUGCAGCCCCGAGAUGUUCGUAGGGAAACCGCCUACGACGCAGAAGAGGAAUGGACAUCUGCGCGGUCCCAUCGGUCUAUGAUGAACGACGCGCAAGCGAUCGUGUUUGACCAGGUCGCCGACGCCGUCAUCGGAGCCCGUCCGCUCGCCGUGUUCAUCGACGGCCCCGGCGGCACGGGCAAGACCUUUGUGUACAAGGCCAUCCUCCACCACGUGCGUGGCAUGGGAGAGAUCGCCCUGCCGUGCGCUUGGAGCGGGAUCGCUGCUGUCCUCCUGCCAGGGGGACGCACAUGCCAUUCCCGCUUCGGACUACCAGUGCCGCUGCCCUUGGACGACGUCGCUUCGAACAUCGGGUUCCAGACGAGCCGCGCCGAAAUCCUGCGACGAGCUAGAGUCAUCCUCUGGGGCGAGGCGCCGAUGGCCCCUCGGGGAGCACUGCAAUGCGUCGAUGCACUGCUGCGAGACGUUACCCAGACGGACGCGCCAUUCGGCGGCAAGGUGGUGAUCCUCGGCGGCGACUUCCGCCAGGUGCUCCCCGUCAUCCCACGGGUUGCCCGCGAAGACCUCGUUCAGCAUUCGCUGCUGAACCACCCUUUGUGGCGCGCGGGCGUUGUGGAGGUCCACGCCCUGACGGAGAACAUGCGGGCCAGGGGCGACGCCGAUUGGCAGCGUUUCCUCUUGGACAUCGGAGACGGCCGCGCACCGACCUUUCCGGACAUCCACCCCGAGGCCGUGCGCCUGCCCGACAACAUCGUCGCCCCCAGCCAUUGGGGGCCGGAGGACCUCGCGCGCGCCAUCUACGCCGACAUCGCUGCGUCAGCGGCGAGGUGCGUCGGGGGCGACGUGGCCGCCGAAGACUUGCAGUACUUCUGCGAUAGGGCGAUUCUCACUCCGAAGAACGCGACGGCCGACUCAGUGAACGUCGCUAUAUUGCGCGAAGCUUUCCCGGACACGACCGUCACGUACUACAGCGUGGACGACGUGGACGCCGCGUCGCCGGCGGAGCGGGACCUCUGGCCGACGGACUUCUUGAACAGCCUCACGCCGUCUGGACUGCCGCCCCACGAGCUCGCGCUCGCGCCGGGGGCCCUGGUCAUGUUGCUCAGAAAUUUAGACGCCGACGCGGGCCUGGUCAACGGAGUUCGCGCCAUCGUCGUCCGCGCGCAGCCCCGGGUCCUCGACGUGCUCCUCGUGUCUGAUACAGAGAUGCCGCUCGCGGGCGCCGCUUCCAGCAGUGACGACGCACCGGCGUUCCUGGACGAGGGCUCCGAGGCGCCGCCGAGCCCCGCUGCUCGGCCGCGACGCUUCGCGCGGGACCACGGGCCAGACGACAUCGAUGAGUUCGGGCCGGCGCCCCCAGACGAUGCUUCUGCUAACGUCGUCCUCGCACCGCUGCGCCUGCGCGGAGAAGUCGUGGACGCCCCAGCGCCUCCUGAGACGCUGUUCCAAACAUGCGCAGCCACAGAGAACGACAAUCCCAGUGCAGAUUCCGCCGACCCCAUGCCCUCAACACAGCUACGAUGCGAGGCCGCCAGCUCAUCGAAGCAGAGGGAGCGAUUCACCGGAUUCUUCGAGCGGCAGCGCGGCGCCCAUUGCGGCAUGCACGCGCUCAACAACGCCCUGGGCUUCGCGCUGCUCGACGAGGGGACCAUGGAGGCAUCCGCCCAUGCAUUCAUCGAGCAUGCCGCUUUAGACGGCCUCCCACAGCGCCUGCGCGACCACAUGAGCCCCUCUGGAGAUUAUUCCGAGGCGGUGCUGGCGUUUGUGCUUCAACGAUGCGGAAACAGUUUCUCCUUGAACCUCAAUGCUCCCGUUCUACCACAGGACGCGAUGAACAUUUUUGCGCCUAACGUGGUCGGGGUCGUGGUAAACCAGAACAACGCACAUUGGAUUGCGGUGAAGGCUGUGUCCGGCCGAAUCUGGAAGUUGGACAGCGCACCAGGUGAUGGACGUAGUGUUGCGGAGCCUGUACUCUGUGAGCUUAGCGACUUCCAGAAGCUCCUGCGCAGACAUCCCACCGCGUGCCCACUGCUCGACAUCCGGCCGCGCACGUAG